GCCGCUGCCUCUUCCACCAUGGCCUCUGUCCCCGUCUAUUGCCUCUGCCGCCUGCCCUACGAUGUCACCCGCUUCAUGAUCGAGUGUGAUGUGUGCCAGGACUGGUUUCACGGCAGCUGUGUCGGGGUGGAAGAGGACGCAGCUGCUAACAUAGACUUGUAUCACUGUCCUAACUGCCAGCUCCUUCACGGGCCGUCUGUCAUGAAACGGCGCCGGGGGAGCCAGAAACAGCUUGACUCGGCCGCCGGCAAAGAAGCGGGCAAGACAGUGAAGACCGGUAGCUCCCAGUUCAUUAAGGAACUUCGCAGCCGGACGUUUCCCAGCGCGGAUGAGGUCAUCCUGAAGCCGAGCGGAGCCCAGCUGACGGUGGAGUUCCUGGAGGAGAACAGCUUCAGCGUGCCCAUCCUUGUCCUGAAGAAGGACGGGCUGGGCAUGACCCUCCCGCCAUCUUCCUUCAGCGUGCGGGACGUGGAGCACCACGUGGGGGCCGACAAGGAGAUUGACGUCAUCGACGUGACCCGCCAGGCAGACCUCAAGAUGCGCCUGGGGGAUUUUGUGAACUACUACUGCAGCAGCCGCCGGGAGAAGGUCCUCAACGUCAUCAGCCUGGAGUUCUCUGAGACCAGGCUGUCUAACUUGGUGGAGACCCCCAAGAUCGUGCGCAAGCUCUCUUGGGUGGAGAACCUGUGGCCGGGAGAGUCAGUGUUUGAGCGCCCCAACGUCCAGAAGUACUGCCUGAUGGGGGUCCGGGACAGCUACACGGACUUCCACAUCGACUUUGGGGGCACCUCGGUCUGGUACCACGUGCUGCGGGGAGAAAAGAUCUUCUACCUGGUGCGCCCCACAGUCGCCAACUUGACGCUCUUUGAGGCGUGGAGCAGUUCGUCCAACCAAAACGAAAUGUUCUUCGGGGACCAGGUGGACAAGUGCUAUCGCUGCUCCGUCCGCCAGGGCCAGACGCUCUUCAUACCUACAGGUUGGAUCCAUGGCGUGCUGACCCCGGUGGACUGCCUCGCUUUCGGGGGCAACUUCCUCCACAGUCUCAACAUUGAGAUGCAGCUCAAGGCCUACGAAAUCGAAAAACGCCUCAGCACGGCCGACCUCUUCAAGUUCCCCAACUUCGAAACCAUCUGUUGGUAUGUGGGCAAACAUCUUCUGGACAUCUUCCGAGGUCUUCGGGAGAACCGCAGGCACCCUGCGGCGUACUUGGUUCAUGGGGCCAAAGCCCUGAACACUGCCUUCCGCUCCUGGACCAAGAAAGAGGCCCUGGCUGAGCACGAGGAAGAAAUCCCUGGCACCAUGCGCCCGGCGCAGCUCAUCAAAGACCUGGCCAAGGAAAUCAGACUUGUGGAAGACAUAUUCCAGCAGAACAUUGGGAAGACGGGCGUCCCGUUCAGCCUGCAGAGGGGCACGCAGCCCGCCGCCACCACCAAGAAGGGAGACCAGAGCCCCAAGGAGCCGGGCCGGAAAGGCGGCCGGCGAGACGCAGCCGCAGUCAAGGCCUUGGAGCUGGAGCUGCUGGACAAAUACACCCGGCAGACCCUGAAGGGCAUGGAGAGCCCCGGCCGAGAGGAGUUUGAUUUGCCCAGUUCCAGCCUGGAUGACACAGACGGAGAACCUGACCUGACGGAGGAGGAGCUGUCCCUCGUGGUGGCCAACGGCCGGGGAACCAGGAAAAUCAAGGCUUCCGAACGUACCCGGAGUCGCAAAGGAGCGCGGGCCCCGCCCAGCCCCUCUGAUGCCGAAGCCCUCGACGUCGACUCUGAAGAAGACCUGCAGAUUGAUGAGACGCCGCGCCGGGAAAGGCGGAGCCUGGUGCUGCCCAAGAGACUGCCCAAAUUUCCCCGGAAGCUGCCAAGAGCCAAACCCUGCUCUGACCCGAACCGAGUGCGAGAACCGGGGGAAGUGGAGUUUGACAUUGAGGAGGACUACACCACGGAAGAGGAGGAGGAAGAGGAGGUGUCUGGUGAUGAGCAGCUGGAGGGCGGCAGCAGCGCCGGCGGGAUCCUGGACCUGCUGAAAGCCAGUCGGCAGGUGGGCGGGGCGGACUACGACGAGCUCAGUGAUGCCCCCGCCUCCCCCAGCACUCAGGAGGCCAUCCAGGGCAUGCUGUGUAUGGCCAACCUUCAGUCUGCAUCGUCCUCACCGGGGGCCUCCGCACUGCAAGCCUGGCUGGCGGCCAGCGGACACGAGCGUGGCUCGGCGGGAGCCUCCGGAGCUCAGCGCUCGGGGAAGAGGCCCGUCAAGCGCCCGGCCCACCACAGCACCGAGAGCGAGGAAGAGGAGGCCAGCAUGGACGAGCAGGAGAGCCUGGGGGCCUGCUUCAAGGAUGCCGAGUACAUUUACCCUUCCUUGGAAUCUGAUGAAGAUGACCCAGCGCUGAAGUCACUACCAAAGAAAAAGAAAAGCACAGACGAUGCUCCGUGGAGUCCAAAGGCCCGGGUCACCCCCAGCUUGCCGAAGCAGGACCGCCCCAUACGCGAGGGCACCCGUGUUGCUUCUGUCGAGACUGGGCUGGCUGCCGCCGCGGCCAAACUGGCCCAGCAGGAGCAACAGAAGGUGCAGCGGAAGAAACUCGCCGUGAAAAGGAAACCGCCGUCUCCAAAGGCGCCCAGCCCGGAACCAGAGCCGGAACCGGUGGAGGAAGAAGUGGAACUCGACCUGCCGCCCCAGCCGGAUCCGGACCCCGUGGCAACGCUGGUGCCCACCCCUCCAACACCUGAGCCCAAACAGGAGCAGUUCGCCGGCAGCCUCGCAGAUCAUGAGUACACCGCCCGGCCCAGCGUCUUCGGAAUGGCCCAGGUGAACCGCGGCUCCACGCCCAUGGCACCAGGCGUCUUCCUGUCCCAGCGGCGCCCUUCGGCCGGCUCGCCAGGCCCCCAGGCGGCACAGGGGAAACGCCCCAAGAAAGGUUUGGCGACGGCCAAGCAGCGCCUUGGCCGCAUCCUGAAGAUCCAUCGUAAUGGCAAGCUGCUGCUCUGA